UCAAUUCUGCAAGUGGUUCUGAUUUACUAUCGCUGUUCUCUAGCUGGUCUAAAACCACUUUUUGACGUAAAGGGACGCUUUUUGGACGCCAUGGACUUUUCUAAGUUUCCAGGCAGAAAGAACAGUCAAAAUGCAGGCAGGGCACAGGACAAAGCACUCGGGACAAAAUGUAUGUGAAAUGCUUUGAUACAUCAUUUUAAAAAAAAAUGACAUUUUUUAAAAAUUUCAAAUUUGCCGCCGGUUCCAGCGCCCGUACGUCCCGAUGUCACAGGGACCGGAACACGGAAGCCGGAUGCCGGCAUCAGCCGGAGGAGAUGGCCGGGGAUGCUGCAGGGGACACA